AUGGCUUCAAUGAAGAUGAGAGUUUUGGUUGCAGUUUCUGCCUUGGUAAUGGCUGCUUCGGCUGUCCAAAAUGUUGCUGCUGCUGAUGCACCAGCACCUAGCCCUACUUCUGAUGCGACUGCCUUUGUUCCAGCUGUUGUUGCUUCAUUGACCGCAGUUGCCUUCGGAUACCUUUUCUAAAGCAAAGACGGAUUUAGCUUCUUCUUUGUCAAUUUAAUGAUUUGAUGACAAGUUUGUUUCUUGUAUUUAACAUUUUAUUUUGUGUCGCAUUAUUACUUUGAGGAGCAAAGAAAAUGUAAUUCAACUAGCAUCUCGGUUUUUGAGGGUGAGGUCGAUUUGCAUCAUUCUGGCUCUGAUGUCCGCUUGAUGUAAC